AUGGAUCGUGCAAAAACACAUAAGGGCAUACUCACACUUAUUUGGACGGCAUUUCGGGGCAAAUUUGAAGGUGCUAAGGACGCCUUUUUGCUGCCACUUCAUGUACAAGCCUCCUAUAAUUGCCGUGCAUUUAUGGACGCCUGGGAUUACUACGCAGCUGGCCGCAAAAGGCGAAUCGCAUCCAGAGCACCGCCGACCUUGGAUAGCCUUGAUCGGCACCCCACACCAAACGACAGCCUCGACGUGGACAGGCGAUUUCAGGCUCUCAAUCGCAACAACAAUGACAGCCAAAACGAUCCAAAUCAGUCACUGCUGUCGCAGCCACAGAUGGACGCACCAACACUGGCACUCUGUCUGGCUGGGGACAGUGAGGAGACGCUGCAUACGGAGUUCUCGGGCACAAAGAAGGAGAUAGAUCGUGUUCACCCCAAGGCUCCCCAAUACGCUCUCCUAUUGGUCAGGAGCCUUUGCAGGGCUUUCGGUGCACGAAUUAUGGUUGGCUGGAUCUGCCUAUUCAUCCGCGUUUUUAGCGUCUACUCGAGUCCCCUUCUCUUGAGUGCCCUGCUACGCUUCCUUGCCAAUGAGUCCACCUACCCCAACUGGCACGGUUAUGUCCUGGCCAGCGGAUUUUUCGUCACCACUUUUGUCAGUUCCUUCCUGUUCAACCAAGGCUUCUACAGCACCUUCGCGACUGCGCUUUCGGCCAGGUCAGCCCUGAUGGCUGCCAUUUAUCGAAAGACCUUGAAACUGUCUUCGGAAUCUCGAGGGGCCUACACAGCAGGACAAAUCGUGAACUUUCUCACCGUGGACGUUGAUCGCCUUCUCGAGGUCAUGACUUACAUUCACAUCACAUGGACCGCGAUGAUCCAGUUCACCAUUGCUGUCAGCAUGCUCUGGACGCAGUUGGGUGUCUCAAUGCUGGCAGGUCUGGGCGUCAUGAUACUAUUCUUUCCACUCAAUGGCAUUGUCAUGUGGCUUACGCAGAAGUUUGAGGCAAGGGAGAUGGUCUGGAAAGAUGAACGCAUGAAGUGUCUCACGGAGACGUUGUCUGGCAUUAAGCUUUCGAAGCUGUCUUUCAUGCACCACCUUCUUUUGCCAUGGUUCACCAAAGCUGGUCGUCUAUUUAUACGGAUUUUCGAACUCACACAAGAGUCCUACGUCAGUCUUAACAACAGCAACAACCGGACAAGUGAUUGUAAUUCUUCAAUCAAAGAACAAUGCCUCAAGUCUGGAGCUGACUCUAAAAUGCUCUGUAUGCGGGCGGCAGAUCAAUAG